UCACCCAAUAAGCGGAGACACAGUGCUGCUCGUGGAGGGCCUUCCUGAGGGGGAUGGCAGUGCGCCCGAAGACACAGCCGAUCCUUUUGCUCCAGAAAUUGAAAAUUUCAAUCUUGAUCCACCAAUAGACGCUCAGGAGCUGGCCAACGUGCCUGAGUGGAUCGCUGAUGAUCCUGUCUCUGGCGUGAUCUUCGACCAUUCAAAGGUCAACCAAGACCCGGUGCUGCCCAUGGACGAUGUAAAGGAGUUCUUUGUGGCCGAGGACCCCCAGGCAGAGAACCAGGAAAAGACAGCACCCGUGGCGAGCGUGACGGAGGUGAAGCAGCAGCUACAGGAAGAUGAGGUGCAUAUUGCUGCGCUGCCAGACGCAGUGCCCUUCAGCCCCGCCAAGGUGCACCUCUCCCCAGAGAUGCAUGACGCCGUGAGGGACGCCAUACAAGCUCAAAUCGCUGCCAUGGACGGCUUUGGACUGAAGAUGCCAGUAGAGGUAGAAACUGCUCCUCCUGCACAGCCACCACCACCACCACCACCACCACCACCUCCUUCUUUUCCAUCCCCACCACCACCAUCACCUCCUUCUUUUCCAUCACCACCACCACCACCACCUCCUCCUCCUCCUCCUUCUUUUCCAUCACCACCAUCACCACCGGCUCCUACUUUUGACUUCACUCCAAAUCUUGCUCCAGCCUUGAGUCCUAACCCUCCCCCAGAAAAACUCACCCCAGCACCCGCCCCAGCACCCGCACCAGCACCUGCACCCACACCAGCACCAGUUCGUCGUCCAGCACCCAAGCCUAGCAACAGACCACCACCAGUCAAGAUUCAGGAGGCACCAGCACCACCACCACCAACACCUGUCUUUGAGUCAUCCUACCUUUCUACUCCCGCCCCUCCCCCAGUUAUACACACUACAGCAGCAUCUAAGCCAGCACGACCAGCUUACCGGCCAAGACCUAAGCCAACCCGACCAACUUAUGCUCCGCCACCUAAGCCAACCCGCCAACUUAUACUCCUCCACCUAAGCCAACCCGCCCAAGUUAUGCUCCAACACCUAAGCCAACCCGCCCAACUUAUGCUCCACCCCCCAAGCCAACCCGCCCAAGUUAUGCUCCACCAUCUAAGCCAACCCGCCCAAGUUAUGCUCCAACACCUAAGCCAACCCGCCCAACUUACCGCCCAAGACCUAAACCAACCCAGCCAUCCUAUCACCCCCCACCAAAGCCAACCCAUCCAACCUACCGCCCACACCGCCCAGCCAAGCCCACAGCUCCACCCAUGUCUUAUUUCAACAUACAGGAGCCAAAACCAGAGCACUUCAAGCCUCCCUCUCAUCAUGAAACUACUCACCGGCCCCCUCCUUUCCACGCCAGGCCUCGUCCUCAUCCUCGUCCUCGUCCUACUCCUUCAUAUAAACCUCCCCCUCCUGCCACCUAUACACCUCCUCGUCCUACCUACAGACCUCGUCCCGCUGCUCAUUACAAACCUCCCACUACUACAGAGCCUCCUUCUUCCUACCACAGGCCGGCGCCCAGACCCAAGCCUUCCUACGGGACACAUCACAAGAACACUCCUACCACCACAGCCAAGCCACAUUACCACCCCACACAGGCGACCCACAAGCCUCCCAAGGCACAGAAACCAAUCCUGGCCCCCUUGCUGGUCCCUGUUGACCUUCACAGCAUCGUGAUACCCAAGGGUGUGUCCUUUAUUCACCGCAAGCCACGGCCUCCUUCUCCCUUCCACAUCCCUUUUUUCUUCAGGUCAGACCGCAAACAGAGACUUCAGGUGCCGGAGUCUGUGAAAAGUCGCCUGGAUUCGGAUCAGCCAGAAUGGGUGGCUGAUCUAGAGCCAGAUCGCCGCUAGACUGAUGACCCGACACUCCAGUACUGGUAAAGUCACGGGGCGUCACUAACUACAUACGUCAAGUCCCGGCAAGCUGCCGAGAUGUAAUGUGCAAGACUUCCAGAUCCACAGUUCAAGGUGCCGGGAAAUCUUCACUCUCUGUCGCGGUUCAGCCAAUAUCGUGCAGCUUCUCGGGACUCGGCUGCAUCCUUGCUCAAAUCAAAAUGCCACCGAAUACCAGAUGAUCAUUGCCGGAGAUGUACAGGUGUAGGUUUAAUGUUAGGUGUUAACUUGUUACUUGAAGGUUUAUGUAAAUAGCCCAUGACUUGAAUUUUAACCUCCACGUAUGUCUUUGUUUUCUACAUUUGAACCACGUGAUGUCAAGAGUAAUUAAGGAAUUCUCAGGUGAGUCAUUCUUUACGAUUACGUGUAAAUGCUUUGUAGCUUCUUCGAGUUGUGCAUUUUGCUAUAUUUGUUGUUAUGUAGAGAAAAUAGUAUUUAUUAAAAACACAAGUGCUGA